CCACAACACACACACACACACACACUGCAAAAAGGAAAAACAGCGUCAUGCCAGAAGGGCAGAAGCGUUGAGGUGGGCUUUUCUGCUUUCUCGUGCUUGACUAUUAUUGAUCCGCAGUGAUCAAGCAGAGCCGAGUCAUCUGCAGAUCGCCAGCGGACUCCAAACACACACAGAGAAUCAGACUCUUCGGCUUUUAUGCGGAAUUUGAGUUGCAAAUCGUCGCUGCGGUUUGUUAUCGACUCUACUUUAGGGACAUUUGCGUACAACACCAAAAACUACAAUGUCGCACGUAGAUUCAGAGCCGAAAAAUGACUCGCAGAAGAUUGCCGAACCAGCGCAGGACAGGUCGUCUGGAGAAAUUGACGUCCCGAAAACCAAAUUAUUUGACGCCAAGGCGAUCUUGUGGACUUUUGGCAAAUGUCUCACCGCCUUGUUGCCUGUGUACCUGGCGGGGUACUAUCGGAUGAGCACCAGUUUGGUGGUGUUUGGAAUGAUGGUUUACGCAGGAUGGAAACACACGCGUGAGGCGAAGGAGGCGAGACUGAGGUCUGCCAUACAGCUAGUAAACGACGAGCAAGAAUAUGUGUCCUCCAAAUCAUUUAGAAGUAAAAGAGACCUGCCUUCUUGGGUCAACUUCCCUGAUGUGGAGAAGGUUGAAUGGCUAAACAAGGUUAUUCACCAGGCAUGGCCGUUUAUUGGUCAGUAUUUGGAGAAGCUGCUGACGGAGACCAUUGCUCCUUCCAUCCGCGGUUCCAGCGCUCAUCUGCAGACCCUCAGCUUCACCAAGAUAGACUUCGGUGGGAAGCCAAUGAAAGUGGUCGGCGUGAAGGCUCAUACUGAAAACGAUAAGGGUCAAAUUCUGCUUGACGUUUACAUCAGUUAUGUUGGGGAUGUGGAGAUAAACGUGGAGGUGAAGAGGUAUUUCUGCAAAGCUGGUGUGAAGGGAAUACAGCUUCAUGGAAUGAUGCGUGUGAUUUUGGAGCCGCUGAUCGGUGACGUCCCAAUCGUAGGUGCUGUGACCAUGUUCUUCAUUCAGAGACCUAAACUGACCAUUAACUGGACCGGUUUGACCAACCUGCUGGACAUUCCAGGGCUCAAUGUGAUGUCCGACACCAUGAUCAUGGAUGCGAUUGCUUCAUUCCUGGUGUUGCCCAAUCGCCUCACAGUUCCUCUAGUGGCAGACCUGCCUGUGGCUCAGCUGCGGUGCCCUUUGCCCAGGGGAGUUGUGCGUAUUCACCUGCUGGAGGCUGAUAAUCUGGCUGCGAAGGAUAAUUAUGUGAAGGGUGUGAUGGCCGGCAUGUCUGACCCAUACGCCAUUGUCCGAGUCGGCCCACAAACCUUCAAAUCCCGUCAUCUGGACAACACACUCAGUCCCAAAUGGGGUGAAGUUUAUGAGGUUGUCGUUCAUGAGGUGCCUGGUCAGGAGCUAGAGGUGGAAGUGUUUGAUAAAGAUCCCGAUCAUGAUGAUUUCCUGGGCAGGACUAAAUUAGACUUGGGGAUCGUGAAGAAAUCUAAAAUAGUUGACGAGUGGUUCAACCUGAAGGACACCCAAACGGGACGAGUGCACCUCAGACUGGAGUGGCUGAAGCUUGAAACUCACACAGAAAGACUGAAAGAGGUUUUAAAGAGAAAUGAAAGUGUGGUGAGUAAAGCUGCAGAGCCGCCCUCAGCCGCCAUCUUGGCAGUGUAUUUGGACAAGGCUGAGGCACUUCCUAUGAAGAAAGGCAAUAAGGACCCCAAUCCGAUUGUUCAAAUCUCAGUGCAAAAUGCUACUCGUGACAGCCGGAUUUGCUGGAAUACUGUGAAUCCCCAGUGGGAGGACGCUUUUACUUUCUUCAUCAGAGAUCCAAACAAUCAGGACAUUAGUGUACAGGUGAAGGAUAAUGACCGUGUUCAGCUUUUAGGAAAAAUGUCUAUUCCUGUAUCCCGUCUCCUCUCUCAUCCCGAUCUGACUAUGGAUGAAUGGUAUAAUCUGGAGAAUUCUGGCCCAAAGAGUCGCAUUCACAUCAACACAGUGCUCAGGGUUCUCUGGUUGGAUGAAGCUGCUGUAACUGCGUCGCUCCUCUCUAGUGGCCCUCUUUCAAAGAGCUCACGGCCAGAGAAGACCACUCCUCACUCCAGCUUCGCCACCGAGGGGCUGCUGCGGAUCCACUUGGUCGAGGGUCAGAAUCUGGUGGCUAAAGACAAUCUGAUGGGUGGGAUGGUGAAGGGGAAAAGCGACCCAUAUGUCAAGAUCCAAAUCGGAGGUGAAACAUUCAAGAGUCACGUGAUCAAGGAGAACCUCAACCCCACCUGGAAUGAGAUGUAUGAGGUGGUUUUGACGCAGCUUCCGGGUCAAGAGCUCACGUUGGAAGUUUUUGAUAAGGACAUGGAUAUGAAAGAUGACUUCAUGGGCAGGCUGAAGAUGAGUCUGAGUGACAUCAUCAGCUCUCAGUACAUCAAUGAGUGGUUUUCUCUGAGCGAUGUAAAGCGUGGUCGUGUUCACCUCGCUCUGGAGUGGCUUCCCACUGUAACUCAACCAGAGAAACUGCAGCAGGUGCUGCAUUACCAGUCAAAGAGCUCAUUCCUGAAUAAAGCAGUUCCGUCUGCAGCUCUCCUGUUUGUGUAUGUGGAGCAAGCAUAUGAGCUUCCUCUUAAGAAGAGCGGGAAAGAGCCUAAAGUUGGAGCUGAGCUGGUCUUAAGAGGAACAUCUCGAAGAACCACUGUGUGUGAUCGCACCAGCACUCCGAAAUGGGACGAAGCGUUUUACUUUCUGGUUCGAGACCCUUUGAAUGAAGACCUUAUUGUGAAGUUGUCCCACAACUGGGAUUUUUCUGUGGGGUCGGUGGUGAUUCCCAUCAAAGAGCUUCUCUCUGAGCCGGAUCUGCUGCUGGACCAGUGGCUGGAUCUGGACGGAGCUUCACCUCAGAGUCAGAUUCUACUCAGAGCUCAGCUGAAGAUUCUUUGCCCUAAAAAGAUGGAGAGCUCAGAGGAGCAGCAUGAGGAACCCAAACGACCUGCAGAGUCCAGCUUAAGAAGGAAACUUCAAGAGGAGGUCAUGCAGAAGUCUAGUAUUGAGGAGGUUCCUCCAUCUCCCGUCAGCAGGACGUCCUCAGUUUCUGUUCCAGAAGAAGAGGAGGCACCAGAGGUCACACAAGUGUCCAGUUCAGAUGACCUUCGACCUCUGCACACCAGUCCUGACCCCAGCUUUGCUAGAGAGGGUGUUCUGCGGCUCAUCCUGCUGGAGGCUCAGAAUCUAGUGGCGAAGGAUGGUCUGAUGGGUGGGAUGGUGAAGGGGAAAAGCGACCCGUAUGUCAAGAUCCACAUCGGAGACACAAUAUUCAAGAGUCACGUGAUCAAGGAGAACCUCAACCCCACCUGGAAUGAGAUGUAUGAGCUGGUUCUGACCUCCAGCUCCACCUCUGAAGUGCUGGUGGAGGUUUUCGACAAGGAUAUGGACAAAGACGACUUUUUAGGGAGGGUGAAGAUCAGUCUACAGGAGAUCAUUCAGUCUCAGAUCACUGACAGAUGGUUUUCUCUGAGUGACGUCAAACAUGGUCGUGUUCGUUUGAUUCUGGAGUGGCUGAACACAGUGACAAAACCUGACCCACUGCAAAAGGCUGUGCAGUUACAGUCAGAUCAUUCAUACCUGAACAAAAGUGUGCCGUCAGCCGCUCUGUUCUCCAUCCUCCUGGAAAGAGCUCAUAAUCUGCCUCUGAAGAAGAGUGGAAAAGAGCCUAAAGCUGCAGCAGAGCUGGUGUUAGGAGACACUGCUCAAAAAACUAAGGUGUGUGAAAGAUCCACGUCUCCUCAGUGGAGCGAAGCUUUUCACUUCCUGGUUCACAAACCUGCUGAGGAAAUUCUCAUUAUCAAGCUUUCCAGUGCGUUCGAGCAGCCGCUGGGCUCUGUGGUUCUGCCAAUCAGAGAGCUGCUUUCUAAAGAAGACCUGCUAAUGGACCAAUGGCUGAGUCUGGAUGGAGCAGCUGCUGAUAGUCAGAUUCUGCUCAGAGCUCAGCUCAAGAUUUUGGACUCAAGGCUGGAUUCGAGUGUUUUUCAUCGUCAGAAGCCUGUUGUUGAAGAUCAUUUGACAGCAGAAGAGCAUGAAGAAAAAGGCCCAGUCGCUUCUGAACAUUCCCCCGCUGCGGUCAAUAAAGAGUCGGAGAAGAAAACACUGCCAACAAAGCAAAGCAGGUUGAGUGAACUUGCAGCGUCUACUUUUCCUGUUCCUUUAUCACUGCCUGAAGAACAUCAGAAACAGACAACUCACACCAUGGAGGAGCAGCACACACCUUCAACACCCAAAACACACAUGCCGACUGAGAAUCUCAGUAAAGCUCCUGACUCCACUACUGAUAUUGCUGAAUAUAAGGAAUCAGCCCAUAAAGAUUCACAACACCUGGAUAAACCAGCAGAACCGUCUCACAGGAGCGUUUCUCCCAGUGUUUCUGCUGAGGAGACAAAAGUGACCAGUUCUACGGACACGAGACCCCAAAAGACGAGCCCCGACUCCAACUUUGGCAGCAAAGGGCUGCUGCGGCUUCACCUGCUGGAGGCUCAGGAUCUGGUGGCGAAGGACAGUCUGAUGGGUGGGAUGGUGAAGGGGAAAAGUGACCCGUAUGUCAAGAUCCACAUCGGAGACACAACAUUUAAGAGUCACGUGAUCAAGGAGAACCUCAACCCCACCUGGAAUGAGAUGUAUGAGCUGAUUCUGAGUCCUGAUCAUAAUCUAGAGGUGAAGUUCGAGGUCUAUGAUAAGGAUGUUGAUUCUGAUGAUUUCCUUGGAAGAUUUAAGCUCAGACUUGGAGACAUUAUCAAAUCUCAGUACAAUGAUGAGUGGUUUACACUGAAUGAUAUCAAACAUGGCCGUGUGCAUCUGGUUGUGGAGUGGCUGCCCACCGUCACCCAGCGGGACAAACUGGAGCAGGUUAUGCAGAUGCAGAGCUCGCAGUCCUACCAGAACAAGAGUGUGGCUUCAGCAGCGCUGCUCUUCAUUCUGUUAGACAGAGCUCAUCAGCUGCCCCUGAAGAAAAGUGGAAAGGAACCCAAAGCUGCAGCUGAACUUAUACUUGGAGCUACGUCUCAUAAAAGCAAGGUGUGUGAACGUUCGUCUUCUCCUCACUGGAAUGAAACGUUUGACUUUCUGGUUCAUGACCCCAAAAAGGAUAUGCUCAUCAUCAAGCUCUCGAGUGCCUGGGAUCAACCAAUGGGCUCUUUGGUUCUGCCAAUCAGAGAGCUGCUUUUAAAACCAGAUCUUCUGCUGGACCAAUGGCUGAGUCUGGAUGGAGCUUCACCACAGAGUCAGAUUCUGCUCAGAGCUCAGCUGAAGAUCCUGGAUUCCAAAAUGGCGGCAUUAGUGGCGAUGGGUUCAGGUCCGGUUUUGAGUAACAAGCAAACGGCCACAACGGGUCAAAUUCAGCUCUCCGUGUCCUUCCAGAAGAAGCUGACACUGCUCGUCCACAACUGCAGGGGUCUGGUCACAUUAUCUAAGGACAGCUUAGACACUUACGUCUCCAUCAUUCUGCUGCCCGAUAAAAGCAAGGCCACCAAGAGAAAGACCAGUGUGAAGAAGAAAAACCUCAAUCCAGAAUUCAAUGAAAGGUUUGAGUUUGAUAUGAGUAUGGAAGAGGCUCAGAGAAGAGAGCUCAGUGUGUGUGUGAAAAACGCUUCCUCGUCCUUCAUGAACCGAGACAAAGACGUGAUCGGCCAGGUGCAAAUAGACCUGGGACACAUUGAUUUAAUCUCUGGAGUCACACAAUGGUUUGAUCUAAAAGAAGAGCAGAACUGAAGUGCACUUCAUCAGGUCAACAUCGCUGACAGUAAUCAUCACUUUUCAUCGUUUUCUCCUUAUAUCUAGUCAUCAAAAUGUUUUUAUGAGUGAAAUUGGGUUGAACAUAAUGUUGCAUUGACAAAUCACGAGGGUUAUAUCAGAAGUGAAAUAUGAAUGAAUGAAUGACGGUCGCUAUCAGAAGACUGCAUGUUGAUUUAACAGUGAAUGUGGAGCAGGUUUCUGGAAAAGAGUCUGGUCUUCCUGUGCAGGUUGCAGGACUUUUGCAUUUGUGUUUACAUUUAGAAGGAAAGGAGGAUGUUUGUUUGUUUAAAAUGGGUUUUCCGUGUGUUGGGUUGUUUUUUUUAAUCAAAGAAAUAUUGUUUUAUUGAUCGUACGCACACACAUUAGUAGAUAUUGUCUGAAUAUACACUUAUGAAGAAUUAUGAGUGACCAGAUAUCUGUGCUCCACAAAUCUAGUGUUUAAAAGUAUAAGACACGAGCACCUGAAGCUAUUUAAGAUGUCACUGCUGCGUCUCUCAUGGGUUUGCAGAUUAUUUGUCUACACAUUGAUGUGACAUGAGCUUCUGUUGUCACUGCCAUAUAUGAUAUGAUAUUUAGAUAUGUGCUCUGUGUCAAAACUACAAUGUUGAUGUUAUUGUUAUAUUUUAGGCCUUGUAGGAUUUUUUACGUUGUCUUAUGUUCUGAAAAGCAUUGGAAAACCUUAGAAAUUUCAUGGAGAUUUGUUUAUCUCUGGGGCUUUGGUUCUAAUAUUUCACAGCCGUCUCGAUUUACAAUAAGAGAUUUCUUUAAAUGUCUAUGCACAACAAAACCUCUUCAGGAUAUAUAAAUCAGUUCAUCAUAGACAAUGACUGUUUACAUGGACAUCAGUAAGCCAAUCAUUUGUCUUAAUCUGAAUAAGUCAAUAAUAUGAUUACGGUGCCUGAGUUGCUCUUUAAAUGUUCCUUUAAUUAUCCUCAUUUACAUGUAAUAGCACACAGAUCGAUUAACGUCAUCGUGUCAUCUCGUUAUCCACAUUUCCUCUGGAGUUUCGUGUAAUUUUGGAUGUUUCGUUUUUAAUUGUGGACUUUAACUGCUGUUUCACAUUCAUUCAGGAACAUUUCAUGCAUGCCACCUGUGACAAACAAGAUAUUGGAUGUAUGAACUGCUGAAAGUGUUGUUUUAAUGGAGUUUCAUUACGCCGUAUGGGGGAAAAAAAAAAAACCCUGAUAGUUUGAUUGCGGUGUUACAUGUCUGUACUGCACUUCAAUAAUGCCACUAAAAUCAGCACACUCCACAUAUCUUAAUUCCAUUUCUGUUUAGUUUGAUUAUGACUUUAAUAUGAUUACAUUAAUUGAAAAACAAAUCGCUGUUUACAUGCUAGACUCUAAAUCAGAGUAUUGUCUUAAUCAUAUUAUAGUCAGAUUAUUGGUGUCCAUGUAAACAUACUCAGUGUUGACAUUUUUCAUGUAAAAUGGUUUCAGAGCUUCAAAUGCACAUCUCAAAUAUGAAUAAUCAGGAUUUAAAUGCUUUACUUGAAAAUGCUGUGUAAGAUUCUCAAAUAUUUGGACUCAAAAGGCAGUACUUUACCAAGUUUUCAAGCCAUUUUAAUCAAUCUGAAAAUGAAGAGUGAAUCUAACCUCAUGUCUGCAUCGGGAGGUUUAAAAUCUACCAUAUAUAGAGUUUCAGAACUGCUCUAUUUUCUGUCUGUUUGGAAAUAUCCUUAAGCAAUUGUUUACAAAGGAUCAGUAUCUGAAUUAUCCAGCUAUAUUAACAGGAUUAUUGUAGCAAUACAUAACCAUCAUUGGCUGAUUAAUAACUCUAAAAGUCAUGAAAGAGUGGGACCCUUCACAUGUGGAACACAAGAGGAGCAUGUUUAUAAUGUUGAAAUAAACGAACCAUUCAACAUUUAGUAGCAGAGCAGUUUUAGUCAGAAACUGAUGCUUUUUAUUUAGGAGGUUAUGAUUAAAAUAGUAAUACAUCAUGAAAGGAAUUUUAUUUUAAAUACCUUAACACUGACCAGCUCCCACUUUUGAAUGAUGAAUUUAAUGUCAAACACAUUAUUUUAGUGCAUUCCACUUGUCUUGUGUGUGCAUGUUACACGUUCAUUUCACCAGUUUUGUAUUUUACAUUGAUGCACUGUAAUAUGUAAGAUUUAUGUGUGCAUAUUCAUAAAUACCAAAGACAAGCCAUGCUGCACUAUUCCUUUCUGAAUGUGUAAUGUCAUAGCUUCACAGCUUCAAUAAAUCGAUUACGGCAUCA